CACACUACGCUGCCAGGGACUCAAAUCCUGCAGUGCCAGACGUGUCCCCCUGCUUAAGCCAGUACAUGUCCAGACCCAUCUGAAGUUUGCUAGAGUGCAUUUGGAUGAUCCAGAAGAGGAUUGGGAGAAUGUCAGAUGAAACCAAAAUAUAACUUUUUGGUAAAAACUCAACUCGUCGUGUUUGGAGGACAAAGAAUGCUGAGUUGCAUCCAAAGAACACCAUACCUACUGUGAAGCAUGGGGGUGGAAACAUCAUGCUUUGGGGCUGUUUUUCUGCAAAGGGACCAGGACGACUGAUCCGUGUAAAGGAAAGAAUGAAUGGGGCCAUGUAUCGUGAGAUUUUGAGUGAAAACCUCCUUCCAUCAGCAAGGGCAUUGAAGAUGAAACUUGGCUGGGUCUUUCAGCAUGACAAUGAUCCCAAACACACCGCCCGGGCAACGAAGGAGUGGCUUCGUAAGAAGCAUUUCAAGGUCCUGGAGUGGCCUAGCCAGUCUCCAGAUCUCAACCCCAUAGAAAAUCUUUGGCGGGAGUUGAAAGUCCGUAUUGCCCAGCGACAGCCCCAAAACAUCACUGCUCUAGAGGAGAUCUGCAUGGAGGAAUGGGCCAAAAUACCAGCAACAGUGUGUGAAAACCUUGUGAAGACUUACAGAAAACGUUUGACCUGUGUCAUUGAUAACAAAGGGUAUAUAACAAAGUAUUGAGAAACUUUUGUUAUUGACCAAAUACUUAUUUUCCACCAUAAUUUGCAAAUAAAUUCAUAAAAAAUCCUACAAUGUGAUUUUCUGGAUUUUUUUUCUCAUUUUCUCUGUCAUAGUUGACGUGUACAUAUGAUGAAAAUUACAGGCCUCUCUCAUAUUUUUAAGUGGGAGAACUUGCACAAUUGGUGGCUGACUAAAUACUUUUUUUCCCCACUGUACAUAGGCGUACAGAGGCACAUUAUCAGCAACCAUCAGUCCUGUGUUCCAAUGGCACGUUGUGUUUGCUAAUCCAAGUUGAUCAUUUUAAAAGGCUAAUUGAUCAUUAGAAAACCCUUUCGCAAUUAUGUUAGCACAGCUGAAAACUGUUGUGCUGAUUAAAGAAGAAAUAAAACGGGCCUUCUUGAGACUAGUUGAGUAUCUGGAGCAUCAGAAAUUGUGGGUUCGAUUACAGGCUCAAAAUGACCAGAAACAAAUAACUUUCUUCUGAAACUCUUCAGUCUAUUCUUGUUCUGAGAAAUGAAGGCUAUUCCAUGCGAGAAAUUGCCAAGAAACUGAAGAUCUCGUACAACGCUGUGUACUACUCCCUUCACAGAACAGCGUAAACUGGCUCUAACCAGAAUAGAAAGAGGAGUGGGAGGCCCCGGUGCACAACUGAGCAAGAGGACAAAUAUAUUAGAGUGUCUAGUUUGAGAAAAAGGCGCCUCACAGGUCCUCAACUGGCAGCUUCAUAAAUUUUUUAUUUAUUUUUUAUUUUUUAUUUAACCUUUAUUUAACUAGGCAAGUCAGUUAAGAACAAAUUCUUAUUUACAAUGACGGCCUACACCGGCCAAACCCGGACGACGCCCUAUGCCUUAGACCGCUGCGCCACUCGGUACCCGCAAAACACCAGUCUCAAUGUCAACAGUGAAGAGGCGACUCCGGGAUGCUGACCUUCUAGGCAGAGUUGCAAAGAAAAAGCCAUAUCUCAGACUGCCCAAUAAAAAGAAAAUAUUAUGAUGGGCAGACUGAGAUAUGGCUUUUUCUUUGCAACUCUGCCUAGAAGGUCAGCAUCCCGGAGUCGCCUCUUCACUGUUGACGUUGAGACUAGUGUUUUGUGGGUACUAUUUAAUGAAGCUGCCAGUUGAGGACCUGUGAGGCGCUUUUUUCUCAAACUAGACACUCUAAUGUAUUUGUCCUCUUGCUCACUUGUGCACCGGGGCCUCCCACUCCUCUUUAUAUUCUGGUUAGAGCCAGUUUGCGCUGUCCUGUGAAGGGAGUAGUACACAGCGUUGUACGAGAUCUUCAGUUUCUUGGCAAUUUCUCGCAUGGAAUAGCCUUAAUUUCUCAGAACAAGAAUAGACUGAAGAGUUUCAGAAGAAAGUUAUUUGUUUCUGGCCAUUUUGAGCCUGUAAUCGAACCCACAAUUUCUGAUACUCCAGAUACUCAACUAGUCUCAAGAAGGCCCGUUUUAUUGCUUCUUUAAUCAGCACCACAGUUUUCAGCUGUGCUAACAUAAUUGCAAAAGGGUUUUCUAAUGAUCAAUUAGUGUCACGCCCUGGCUCUGGGGACUCUUAAAUGUUGAGCCAGGGUGUGGACUUGUUAUGUUUAGUUUUCUAUGGGUUUUGUUCUAGAUCGUUUAUUUCUAUGUUGGCCAGGGUGGUUCCCAAUCAGAGACAGCUGUAGCUCGUUGUCUCUGAUUGGGGACCAUACUUAGGCAGCCUUUUGGCAUUUUAGUUUUGUGGGAUCUUUUUCCGUUUGGUUUGUGUUAUGACCUAGGACUUUGCGUAUCGUUUUGUUGUUUUUGUUCGUGUUGUGUACACUUCAAUAAAGUAUGUACGCCUAUCACGCUGCGCCUUGGUCCGCUUCUCAUAACGAUCGUGACAGAAGAUCCCACCAAGAGAGGACCAAGCAGCGUGCCAAACAGGAGAGGUUGGAGAUGUCCCAGGUGGGCGAAUGGUGGUCUUGGGAGGACAUAUUCGCGGGCAGAGGGCCAUGGGCAGAAGUAAAGGCCCAGGCAGGAGAGGAGAAACGGCGCCAACCGUGCCGACGACGGACACGCGAGAGGCAACCCCAAGUAAAUUUUUUGGGGGGCACACGCCGUGGACGACGGGGCUGCUGGAGGCAGCUACAGGCCGCAUCGGCAAUCUAGGAGAGGAGGCCACCAGGUUUGGGGGGCUGGAAGGGUGGUUGGCGGAGCCUAGAGGUAGAGCAGAGCCAACUCCCCGUACACAGGCUAGGUAGCGUGAGACUGGGCAGGUUCCGUGGUAUGCGGAGCCACGUACUGUGCUGCGAGUGUUCCGGCACAGUCCUGUACGUCCUGUGCUAGCACCACGCACGUGUCGUGCUAAGGUGGGCAUGCAGCCAGGACGGAGUGUGCCGGCUCAAUGCUCGUGGCCUCCAGUACCCCUCCUUGGUCCCGGAUAUCCUGCGCCAGUGCCACGUGCUGUAGUGCCAGUACGAGUGCACAGCCCUGUACGUCCUGUGCUGAUGCCUCACACAGAGUGUGUGGAAAUAGGCAUUCAGCCAGACGGGUUGUGUCAGCUCUCCGCUCCAGACCUCCAGUCCGUCUCCACAGUCCAGCCCGGCCUGUUCCUGUCCCUCGCACCAAGCCUGUGGUGCGCGUUGCCAGCCCGGUCCGGCCUGUUCCUGUCCCUCGCACCAAGCCUGUGGUGCGCGUCGUCAGCCCGGUCCGGCCUGUUCCUGCUCCCCGCACCAAGCCUAUGGUGCGUGUUCCCAGUCCAGCCCGGCCUGUUCCUGCUCCCCGCACCAAGCCAGUGGUGCGCGUCGCCAGCCCGGUCCGGCCUGUUCCUGUCCCUCGCACCAAGCCUGUGGUGCGCGUCGCCAGCCCGGUCCGGCCUGUUCCUGCUCCCCGCACCAAGCCAGUGGUGCGCGUCGUCAGCCCGGUCCGGCCCGUUCCUGCUCCCCGCACCAAGCCAGUGGUGCGCGUCGCCAGCCCGGUCCGGCCCGUUCCUGCUCCCCGCACCAAGCCAGUGGUGCGCGUCGUCAGCCCGGUCCGGCCCGUUCCUGCUCCCCGCACCAAGCCAGUGGUGCGCGUCGCCAGCCCGGUCCGGCCCGUUCCUGCUCCCCGCACCAAGCCAGUGGUGCGCGUCGUCAGCCCGGUCCGGCCCGUUCCUGCUCCCCGCACCAAGCCAGUGGUGCGCGUCGCCAGCCCGGUCCGGCCCGUUCCUGCUCCCCGCACCAAGCCAGUGGUGCGCGUCGUCAGUCCGGCACGGUCCGUGCCUGUUCCACCGGUGCCUGGUCCGGCACCGGUCAGCUGCUCCACUCCGGAGCCAGAGCAAUCCGCUACACUGGUGUCCAGUCCAGCUCCGGCCAGCGGGGCCAGACCAGACCAGGGAUGCUACGGGGGGGUAGAGGGAGAGUGGUGGUCACGCCCGGAGCCGGAUCCGCCUCCGAGGCGGAAUGCCCACCUGGCCCCUCCCCUGUUGUGUUUGGUUGGCGCGGUCGCUGUCCGCGCCUUUGGGGGGGGGGUACUGUCACGCCCUGGCUCUGGGGACUCUUAAAUGUUGAGCCAGGGUGUGGACUUGUUAUGUUUAGUUUUCUAUGGGUUUUGUUCUAGAUCGUUUAUUUCUAUGUUGGCCAGGGUGGUUCCCAAUCAGAGAUAGCUGUAGCUCGUUGUCUCUGAUUGGGGACCAUACUUAGGCAGCCUUUUGGCAUUUUAGUUUUGUGGGAUCUUGUUCCGUUUGGUUUGUGUUAUGACCUAGGACUUCGCGUAUCGUUUUGUUGUUUUUGUUUGUGUUGUGUACACUUCAAUAAAGUAUGUACGCCUAUCCCGCUGCGCCUUGGUCCGCUUCUCAUAACGAUCGUGACAAUUAGCCUUUUAAAAUGAUCAACUUGGAUUAGCAAACACAACGUGCCAUUGGAACACAGGAUUGAUGGUUGCUGAUAAUGGGGCUCUGUACGCCUAUGUAGAUAUUCCAUAAAAAAACACCCGUUUCCAGCUACAGUAGCCAUUUACAACAUUAACAAUGUCUACACUGUAUUUCUGAUCAAUUUGAUGUUAUUUUAAUGGACAAAAAAAUUGCUUUUCUUUCGAAAACAAGGACAUUUCUAAGUGACCCCAAACUUUUGAAUGGUAGUGUAUAUGUGUUGUGCAGCUGAUCUAGUGGCUGGUUUAUGUAGUUAAAGUUAUUCAGUCAGAACAUCAGCUUACCUUAUAUGGUACACUGUAUUCAGUCACACGCUACAGUACUCCUUUUCCAGAUCACUGCACUCAAUAGUGACAAGACCAAGGCUUUAGACCUAUGGAAAGUCCUCAGUUUGUAGGGAAUACAGUUGUUCAGUUCUAGUGUGAGAUCGUCUUUAUGUGUCUCUCGUUGCUUCAAUUGGAAUAACUAUUUUUGGCAAUGUGUGGAUUACUGCUAUCUCAAUACCCCUGGUUUGGCUGCUGUGUGUGUGUGUGUGUGUUUAAGUGUGUGUGUGUGUGUGUGUGUGUGGUUGAGAGAAUCCUGGGUCUGAAUGUUCUCUUCCUGUCUGGAGGUACUGUCUGUUGACUGUUUCUUCUGAAGGGGAUGUGAUUGAACGCUGGUGGAGGACCUGUGGUCUAAGUGUGGUCGAAAUGCUGUCAGACCUGUUCUUUCUCUACUCACUGGUUCACAUACAGUACAAUACAAUACACUGGAUGGCACACUGUGUGUGUGUGUGUGUGAGGGUGUGUGUGUGUGUAACCCACUCCCUUCUCCUUCCCGGGGUUGGUUGAUAAGAGAAAGGUGUGUGUGUGUGUCCUCUCUAACCCGCUCCCUUCUCUUUCCCCAGGUAGGGAUGUGGGAGAACGGUAAGUUGGAUUUGGUUUACCCAGCGUGGUCGCGUUAUGGUCCGUUCCUCCAACCCCCCGAUGGCGCCCAGCACCUGCGCGUGGUCACUCUGGAGGAACGUCCGUUUGUCAUCGUGGAGCUGGCUGACGCCGCCUCCAACACCUGCAUCAGAGACUCUGUACCCUGCCGACGACCCCUCAACGCCAGGUCAGAGGGCAGGGGUGAAGGGUCAAAUUAGACAAUUAUGUUCCUGUCCAAUACACAAUAAAAUUAAUUCCUUACACUUCAUCAGGGGACUGUCCAGGGUCUUGGAGGACACAGUAAAAUACGGGUAAUUCCCUAGUGACACACAUACAGUAGCAACCAGACGCCCCUGGAGACAAACACAUCAGCAAAAUGGAACUGUCGUUUUUCAGAGAUCGACCUUCGUAAUAUCAAGUGUCUCCAGUGUAAUGAUCACGUGGUGUCAACAUAUUACAUAUUCACUUCCAUGGUGUAUUGAACUCAAACAAAUAACGUAUUAACCCUCCACUCUCCACAUAACCUCUCAUCCUAAUCGACAAUGUAGUGUUGAGUGUGAGCCCAGAUGGUAUAUGGGGUUAUAUGUGAUUAAAUUGAAGAUAUACUGUAUGGGGGUUAAAUUGGACACGAACACAAUAUAGCUGCAAUAGAGGUCCACGCCUCACGGUUCACCACCUCUAGGAGGGAUGAGAACAAUUAUCAUGUGGCAGCACUAUUUGACUCUCACUUAAAGGCAUAAUCCAUAACUGUGAUUUCCUGUAUGGAGUGUUGCCCUGACUGAGGGGGAGGGUCUUAGCCAGUGUAAGAAAAAGAAGAAGAGAGACAUUCUUUGUCUUAAAUCAAACAACAUAUUUUAAAUGUUAUAUAUUCUCUCUCCCUCUCUCUCUCCCUCUCUCACGCUCUCUCUCUCUCUCCUCUCUCUCUCUCUCUCUCUCUCUCUCUCUCUCUCUCUCUCUCUCGCUAUCUAUCUCUAUUUCUUUCUCUCUCUCAUGCUCUCUCUCACGUUCUCUCUCUCUCUUGCUCACUCUCUCUCUCUCUCUCUCUCUCUCUCUCUCUCUCUCUCUCUCGCUCUCUCUCUCUCUCUCUCUAUCCUCUCCUCCACCUCGUCUCCCUCUUCCUUCCUCCUCCAGUAUUCCUGUCCAGGAUCCCCCAAAGAAACAGUGCUGUAAGGGUUUCUGCAUCGACAUCCUCAAGCGAUUGGCCAAGAUCGUGGGUUUCACCUACGACCUCUACCUGGUGACCAAUGGGAAGCACGGGAAGAAGAUUGACGGGGUGUGGAACGGCAUGAUUGGAGAGGUCUGUAAAACGUGACUGAUUGAUUAGACAUUGGUAGGCUACAGUACGUUGUUCUUCUUGACCAUAAUGGUUGUUGGAAAAAGGUCAACGCUACUUUCCACAGCAGCUGUUGCCAGAGAGGAGAGGAGCACUGAGACUUGGCACACUGCCUGCUGCCAUUACAUUAGGGGGAGUCUCCAUUUAAAAGGCCUGCUGUACGAAUAACAUUUGAUUGAUUGGAUGACUGAUGAUUGAUGGAUUAGAGUGAGGUCACAUGACGGGGGCCCUCCCGUUCAGAGGUCAUGAUGUAUGGCAGUUAAGGACCUCGUAAGGUGGUUUUUCUUCCUGGUUGGAAGGUCAGGCUUGCUGUUUCUUAGUGUUUCGCUGUUGUGCGACUAUAGCUCUGCAUGAGAAUGUACGUGUGUGUAGCUCUGAGCAUGUGUUUGUGUUGUUCCUCAGUGUGUUUGUGUAGGUUGCUGUAGCUUAGUGUGUGUGUGUGUGUGUGUGUGUGUGUGCAUGUGUAUGUGUGUCUGUUGCUCUGUGUGUGUGUGUGUGUUUCGUUGGCUGUGUGUUGGCUGUGUAUGUUCAAGCGUUCCCUGGCCUGUGCUGCUGCCUCCGGGGAAACCAGUUAAACGCUGGGUGUCACAUCAAUCACAGACAGAGUUAUGGGACCUUAACCACAGCCAGCACUCACAGACAGACAUCGUUUAUUACACACACACACACACACACACACACACACACACACACACACACACACACACACACACACACACAUACACACACACACACACACACACACACCCAUACACACACACACACACACACACACCCAUACACAUACACACACACACACACACACACACACACACACAUACACACAGACACACACACACAUACAUACACACAGGCACGCACUUACGCACACUUACAUACAUUUCCAUUUUAGUCAUUUAGCAGACGCUCUUAUCCAAAGGCACUUACUCUCUCUCACACAGAAGCACGUAUGCAACAUUGACAAGCAUGUGCACACAUGAACACACACAUGAACACACACAUGAACACACACUGACACACACGGUCACACACUGACACACACUGACACACACUGACACACACUGACACACACUGACACACACGGUCACACACGGUCACACACUGACACACACUGACACACACUGACACACACUGACACACACGGACACACACUGACACACACUGACACACACUGACACACACUGACACACACGGUCACACACUGACACACACUGACACACACUGACACAGUCACAGACACCCCCUGGGUAUUACAGCUCUUUUUCUGAGAGAUAAACAGGGGGCUGUUGUUUCGGGAAAGUGUCCUGCACACACACACAUACGUGAACAAAAUCACACACACACACACACACACACACACCGACACACACACACACACUCACAGACACACACAAACACUGUGAGCGAGCGGGAUGGGGGGGGGGGGGGGGGGGGGGGGGGGGGGGGGGGGGGGGGGGGGGGGUGUUUGGAGGAAGUGUCCCGCUGCGCCUCCUCAGGUCCCACGGGGAACGCUGGUACAGCCUGGUUGUCAUGGGAGCAGAAACAAUCUCACUCCCUGCUCUACUUCCUCUUUAUCUGUCAUCUUUAUGGCUUGAACCAGGGCCAAUGGUGCUAUCCACCUACAUUCACAUGCAAACGGAUAAGUGCGUUUUAUUUUCUCAGGCUAAUUCUGGUCUUUUGAUCAGAUGUUCCAAAGCCUGCCGCUAAUCCAGAGACUUGACAGAGGGGAGUGUGUGUUGUGUUGCUGCUCACUCCCCUUUUUCUGCUGAUUUACUCUGAAAUGAGGAUGUGCCAUGUCUAAUGCAGAUUAACAUUUCACUUAUUCAAUCAGCCGACACAGCAGUUUUCAAUUUAGAUGGGGGCUAACUCACUUUGUGUGAUGAAGAGAUGUAUAGGAGGAGACACGUGGAUGGUGUUCACACUGUGUUGUAGCCCAUUCAGCAGACUACAUAAGGUGCUAACCCAUAUCUAGGGUCAGACAGGUUAUAGGGCAGGGAUCAUCAACUAGAUUCAGCCACGGGACGAUUUGUUCUUGAGCGGAUGGUCGGGGGGCCGGAAUACAAUUACAAAUAAUUUGUAGACUGCAAAUUGACCGCAAGAAGCCCAAACAGAUAUAAUUUUUGACUAAAACAUAAUCAUUUCACACCUUGCUUACAAAUGUAUACGAUCAUGUCUCUCUAUUAAGCGUGGGAAUACUUGGGAACAGAUUUCUUAAAUUGAAAUCACUUGGAGCUGAUUGCCUGGUGUUUUUACAGUCUUUUAUGUCCUACAAUGAAAAUUCCCCACCAAUAUUUUUUUGGUUGAAAUUAUAUUUUCUUUGCUCAGAAAACUUGGGGGGCCAAAUAAAACCACCCUUGGGCCAAAUUCGGGCCGCGGGCCGCCAGUUCGGGAACCCUGUUAUAGGUGUAGGGACGAGGCGAAGGAGGAUAGGGGUUGUUUUUAGACCUGUGUUAUAAUAGUGUGUUAUAAGGCCAGUGUACCCCUCUAUCUCUCUGACUGUAGUUUCUCCUAUAAUACUGUGUUAUAAGGCCAGUGUACCACUCUAUCUCUCUGACUGUAGUUUCUCCUAUAAUACUGUGUUAUAAGGCCAGUGUACCCCUCUAUCUCUCUGACUGUAGUUUCUCCUAUAAUACUGUGUUAUAAGGUCAGUGUACCCCUCUAUCUCUCUGACUGUAGUUUCUCCUAUAAUACUGUGUUAUAACGCCAGUGUACUCCUCUAUCUCUCUGACUGUAGUUUAUCCUAUAAUACUGUGUUAUAAGGCCAGUGUACCCCUCUAUCUCUCUGACUGUAGUUUCUCCUAUAAUAUUGUGUUAUAAGGCCAGUGUACUCCUCUAUCUCUCUGACUGUAGUUUAUCCUAUAAUACUGUGUUAUAAGGCCAGUGUACCCCUCUAUCUCUCUGACUGUAGUUUCUCCUAUAAUAAUGUGUUAUAAGGCCAGUGUACUCUUCUAUCUCUCUGACUGUAGUUUCUCCUAUAAUACUGUGUUAUAAGGCCAGUGUACCCCUCUAUCUCUCUGACUGUAGUUUCUCCUAUAAUACUGUGUUAUAAGGCCAGUGUACUCCUCUAUCUCUCUGACUGUAGUUUCUCCUAUAAUUAUGUGUUAAAGGCCAGUGUACCCCUCUAUCUCUCUGACUGUAGUUUCUCCUAUAAUACUGUGUUAUAAGGCCAGUGUACCCCUCUAUCUCUCUGACUGUAGUUUCUCCUAUAAUACUGUGUUAUAAGGCCAGUGUACUCCUCUAUCUCUCUGACUGUAGUUUCUCCUAUAAUACUGUGUUAUAAGGCCAGUGUACCCCUCUAUCUCUCUGACUGUAGUUUCUCCUAUAAUACUGUGUUAUAAGGCCAGUGUACUCCUCUAUCUCUCUGACUGUAGUUUCUCCUAUAAUACUGUGUUAUAACGCCAGUGUACUCCUCUAUCUCUCUGACUGUAGUUUCUCCUAUAAUACUGUGUUAUAAGGCCAGUGUACUCCUCUUGUCACGGAUUCAGCCGAGGCUGCUCCUCCUCCUUGCUCGGGCAGGCUUCGGCGUUCGUCGUCCCCGGAGUACUAGCUACUGCCGAUCGAUGUUUCGGUGUUUGUCUUGUUUGGUCUUUAUUGUUUACACCUGUUUCCUAUUAUGUUGUAUUGUAUUCCCUAUAUUACCCCCUGUCUCUCAUUGGUUAUUGUGUGUGAUUGUUCUUUGUCAUUCUGGCAGUUGCUUUGGUGUACGGGUUAUUGUGUUUUCCUCCCUGUUUGGAGGUUUGUUGUUUUUGCACUAUAUUUACUGUGUUCAGUAAAAGUACGUUGCCAGCCGCUCUGUGUCCUGCGUUUGACUUCGCUGACCGCAUACACGUCGCGUGACAGAAUCACACACCUAGACAUGGAGUCAGCAGGAGCGGCGGUGCCAUGGAACGGGUGGUGAACACCAUGGAGCGAUGGGAAAGAGGAGGUUUGCCCACACCUCCUCCGACGAUACCACCACCAUCAGCUAUACCCAUCGCUUCACCUCCGGGGUCCAGUGGGAUUCGGCUCUCGCUCCUGAGGGCUUAUGAUGGCACAGCGGCCGGGUGUCAGGAAUUUCCUGCUCCAAGUGGAACUCUACCUGGCAACCAUCCACCCGGUGCCCUCGGGAUACGAGAGCGUGUCCGCCCUCAUCUCCUGUCUGUCCGGCAAGGCGCUGGAGUGGGCCAACGCCGAGUGGGGGGGAAUAGACGCCGCUACAGUCAACUAUGCGGAGUUCACCCGCUGCUUCAGGGCGGUGUUCGAUCAUCCCCCCGAGGGGAAGGCGGCGGGUGAGCGUCUGUUCCACCUCAGACAGGGGAAGAGGAGCGCGCAGGAGUUCGCACUGGACUUCCGGACUCUGGCUGCCAACGCGGGAUGGAAUGAGAGGGCCCUCAUCGACCACUACAGGUGUAGCCUGAGGGAGGACGUGCGUCGGGAAUUAGCCUGCAGGGACACCAACCUAAGCUUCGAUCAGCUGGUGGACAUGUCGAUUCGCCUAGAUACCCUGUUGGCUACCCGCGGACGUCCGGAGUCGGGGCCGUCCAUUCCAUCCCCCAGCACUUCCGAGCCGAGCCCUAUGGAGCUCGGGGGUGCUGGUGCUAGGGAGACCAGGAGAGAGACCAGAAGAGAGGCCGUCCCCUGCACCAACUGUGGCCGCAGAGGACACACUGCGGUUUCGGUGCUGGGGAGGGUCUCCUAGGAAUCGAGGCAGUAGGCAGCGCACUGAUGAGUCAUUCCAGGUGAGUAAGCACCCAACUCACCCAGAGCUCUCUGUUGCGCAUAUGUGUAUUAAAGUUGUGUUUCCCGAGGUUUCUCCUCACUCCCAGCAUAAGGUGCUAGUAGAUUCAGGCGCAGCUGGGAAUUUUAUCGAUCGCCGGUUCACGUAUAAGUUAGGGAUUCCUAUUGUACCAGUUGAUGUGCCCUUCCCCAUCCAUGCCCUAGAUAGCUGCCCUUUGGGGUCGGGAUUGAUUAGGGAGGUCACAGCGCCACUUAAGAUGAAGACGCAGGAGGGCCAUGAGGAGAUUAUACGGUUAUAUUUGAUUGAUUCUCCUGCGUUUCCCGUGGUGUUGGGGCUUCCCUGGUUAACAUCUCAUGACCCCAACAUUUCAUGGCAACAGAGGGCUCUCAAGGGAUGGUCGGGCGGUGUGUAGGUGUUUCCGUAGGGGCAACGACGGUGGAAAGCCCGAACCAAGUUCCCACCAUGCACAUUCCUCCUGAGUAUGCCGAUUUGGCACUCGCCUUCUGUAAAAAGAAGGCGACUCAAUUACCACCUCAUCGACAGGGGGAUUGUGCGAUAGACCUCCAGGUAGGCGCUGCGCUUCCUCGUAGUCAUGUGUAUCCUCUGUCUCAGGAGGAGACGGCAGCUAUGGAGACAUAUGUCACCGAAUCUCUAAGACAGGGAUACAUACGAUCGUCCACUUCCCCUGCGUCCUCGAGUUUCUUUUUUGUGAAGAAGAAGGAUGGGGGUUUAUGCCCGUGUAUUGAUUACCGUGGUCUCACUCAGAUUACAAUCAAAUACAGCUAUCCUCUCCCUCUGAUUGCUAGUAUGACGGAGUCAUUACACGGGGCGCGAUUCUUCACAAAAUUGGAUCUCAGGAGCGCGUACAACCUGGUGCGCAUUAGGGAGGGAGAUGAGUGGAAGACAGCAUUCAGUACCACCUCGGGUCACUAUGAGUACCUCGUCAUGCCAUACGGUUUAAUGAAUGCUCCUUCAGUCUUCCAAUCGUUUGUGGACGAGAUUUUCCGGGAUUUGCAUGGACAGGGUGUAGUGGUGUAUAUUGAUGACAUUCUAAUAUACUCCGCUACACGAGCCGAGCAUGUGUCCCUGGUGCAUCGGGUGCUUGGUAGACUGUUGGAGCAUGACCUGUAUGCGAAGGCGGAGAAAUGUCUGUUUUUCCAGGAGUCCAUCUCCUUCCUGGGACAUCGGUUGUCCGCGUCAGGGGUGGAGAUGGAGAUUGACCGCGUUUCAGCCGUGCGUAAUUGGCCGACUCCCACCACGGUGAAGGAGGUGCAGCGGUUCUUGGGUUUUGCCAAUUACUACCGGAGGUUUAUCCGGGGCUUUGGACAGGUAGCAGUUCCCAUCACCUCCCUGCUAAAGGGGGGCCCGGUGCGUCUGCAGUGGUCGGCUGAGGCGGACAGGGCGUUUAGACUGAAGGACCUGUUCACCUCGGCUCCGGUGCUGGCACAUCCGGAUCCCUCUUUGGCGUUCCAAGUUGAGGUGGAUGCGUCCGAGGCGGGGAUCGGUGCUAUACUGUCUCAGCGCUUGGGUACGCCACCAAAACUCUGCCCCUGUGCUUUCUAUUCUAAGAAGCUCAGUCCGGCGGAGCGCAAAUGACGUGGGGGACAGGGAGCUGCUAGCGGUGGUUCAAGCCCUGAAGGUGUGGAGGCAUUGGCUUGAGGGGGCUAAACACCAUUUUCUCAUUCUGACUGACCAUCGUAACCUGGAGUACAUCCGGGCAGCGAGGAGACUGAACCCUCGCCAGGCUAGGUGGGCCAUAUUUCUUACCCGAUUUGUAUUUAAGCUCACCUAUAGACCAGGGUCACAGAACGCUAAGGCAGACGCCCUGUCCCGACGAUAUGACACAGAGGAGAGGUCCAUUGAGCCCACUCCCAUACUUCCGGAGUCUUGUCUGGUGGCACCGGUGGUGUGGGAGGUCGAUGCGGACAUCGAGCGGGCGUUACGUGCCGACCCUACUCCCCCACAGUGUCCAGAGGGACGGAAGUACGUGCCGCUCGAGGUUCGUGAUCGACUGAUAUAUUGGGCUCACACGUCACCCUCCUCUGGUCAUCCUGGUAUUGGUCGGACAGUGCACUGCCUUAGUGGGAAGUACUGGUGGCCCACUUUAGCUAGGGACGUGAGGGUUUACGUUUCCUCCUGCUCGGUGUGCGCCCAGUGUAAGGCGCCUAGACACCUGCCCAGAGGGAAGUUACAACCCCUACCCGUUCCACAACGGCCGUGGUCUCACCUAUCGGUGGAUUUUGUCAUGGACCUUCCCCCCUCCCAGGGGAACACUACGAUCUUGGUCGUUGUGGAUCGGUUUUCUAAGGCCAGCUGUUUCAUUCCUAUGCCAGGUCUCCCUACAGCCCUACAAACUGCCGACGCCCUGUUUACUCACGUCUUCCGGCACUACGGGGUGCCUGAGGAUAUAGUGUCUGAUCGGGGUCCCCAGUUCACCUCUAGAAUCUGGAGGGCGUUUAUGGAACGUCUGGGGGUCUUGAUUAACCUUACCUCAGGUUUUCACCCUGAGAGUAAUGGGCAGGUGGAGAGAGUAAACCAGGAUGUGGGUAGGUUUCUGAGGUCCUAUUGCCAGGACCGGCAGGAGGAGUGGUCGGGGUAUAUCCCCUGGGCAGAGAUAGCCCAAAACUCACUCCGCCACUCCUCUACUAAUCUUCCGCCUUUUCAGUGUGUGCUGGGUUAUCAGCCGGUCCUGGCACCCUGGCAUCAGAGCCAGAUCGAAGCCCCUGCGGUGGAUGAGUGGUUUCGGCGCUCGGAAGAAACAUGGAACGCUGCGCAUGUCCAUCUGCAGCGGGCCAUCAGGCGGAAAAAGGCAGGCGCCGAUCACCACCGCAGUGAGGCUCCGGUGUAUGCACCGGGAGAUCGGGUCUGGCUCUCGACCCGAAAUCUGCCCCUUCGCCUGCCCUGCCGGAAGCUGGGUCGGCGGUUUGUGGGGUCAUUUAAAGUCCUGAGGAGAUUGAACGAGGUAUGUUAUAGGUUACAACUGCCCAUUAAUUACCGCAUUAACCCCUCGUUCCAUGUGUCUCUCCUCAGGCCGGUGGUAGCUGGUCCACUCCAGGAGAAUGAGGUACGAGAGGCUCCUCCACCCCCACUAGACAUCGAGGGGGCUCCGGCGUACUCAGUCCGGUCCAUCUUGGAUUCGAGGCGUCGGAUGGGGGGUCUGCAGUAUCUCGUGGAGUGGGAGGGGUACGGUCCGGGGGAACGGUGCUGGGUCCCUAGGAGGGACAUCCUAGAUCCCUCCCUGUUGAGGGAUUUCCACCGGAGUCAUCCGACUCGCCCUGCUCCGCGUCCUCCUGGCCGUCCCCGAGGCCGGGGUCGGCGCACGGCUGGAGCCGCGCGUCAAGGGGGGGGGUACUGUCACGGAUUCAGCCGAGGCUGCUCCUCCUCCUUGCUCGGGCAGGCUUCGGCGUUCGUCGUCCCCGGAGUACUAGCUACUGCCGAUCGAUGUUUCGGUGUUUGUCUUGUUUGUUCUUUAUUGUUUACACCUGUUUCCUAUUAUGUUGUAUUGUAUUCCCUAUAUUACCCCCUGUCUCUCAUUGGUUAUUGUGUGUGAUUGUUCUUUGUCAUUCCGGCAGUUGCUUUGGUGUACGGGUUAUUGUGUUUUCCUCCCUGUUUGGAGGUUUGUUGUUUUUGCACUAUAUUUACUGUGUUCAGUAAAAGUACGUUGCCAGCCGCUCUGUGUCCUGCGUUUGACUUCGCUGACCGCAUACACGUCGCGUGACACCUCUAUCUCUCUGACUGUAGUUUCUCCUAUAAUACAGUGUUAUAAGGCCAGUGUACCCCUCUAUCUCUCUGACUGUAGUUUCUCCUAUAAUACUGUGUUAUAAGGCCAGUGUACCCCUCUAUCUCUCUGACUGUAGUUUCUCCUAUAAUACUGUGUUAUAACGCCAGUGUACCCUUCUAUCUCUCUGACUGUAGUUUCUCCUAUAAUAUUGUGUUAUAAGGCCAGUGUACUCCUCUAUCUCUCUGACUGUAGUUUAUCCUAUAAUACUGUGUUAUAAGGCCAGUGUACCCCUCUAUCUCUCUGACUGUAGUUUCUCCUAUAAUACUGUGUUAUAAGGCCAGUGUACCCCUCUAUCUCCCUGACUGUAGUUUCUCCUCCCGUCCAUCAGGUGGUGGGACAGCGAGCGGACAUGGCCAUCGGCUCCCUCACCAUCAACGAGGAGAGGUCAGAGGUCGUGGAUUUCUCCGUCCCCUUCGUGGAGACAGGCAUCAGCGUCAUGGUCUCCCGUAGCAACGGAACCGUCUCACCCUCUGCCUUCCUGGGUGAGUGAAGGAACUGAUGACUGAUGAGGUUGAAGUUCAUCUGGACACUAUUGACGGUCCAGGUGGAAAUGAAAUAAUCCCUGUCCUUACCUCGACCCCCCCCCCCAAAAAAAAAUAUUAUAUUUUUUACAAUUCCUGAACCAACACUUGCACUUGACACUCCCCCUCCCUUUCUAGCUCUAACUUUGCUGAUAGCUACUUUAUUGAGGAAAAUUGUACCUACCAUGACUGUGAUAUGCGGUUGUCCCACCUAGCUGCUGUAUCUUAAGAUGAAUGCACUAACUGUCACUCUGGAUAAGAGAGUCUGCUGAAUGACAAAAAUGAAAACAUGUAAAAUGUAAAUGUAUGCACUGAUCUAGGAUCAGCUUACCCUCUCCCAAUUCAAAAGUGUUGUGGUUCAAUCUUUACUUGCCUUCGUUGUUACUUUCCCAGUUUGUCACGUCAUCUCAGCUUAUACUUCCACUCUGUCAGCAGGUGAAAUACUUUUUUAGAAUGAAUUACAGUGAACUGAAUGGACUGGAAGACACAAAAACACUGGAGUAGUGAGUCAUGCUGUGUUAGCUAGCUGGUUUGUUUGCUCGCGGAGCUCUGUAACUUAGAUUUAUUUGGCCUCUGAUGGAUUCUCAGUCGCUUCUAUCAACAAUGUGUUCUAAGUUGUGUUUAUACUGACUGUCUCUCCUCUCCUCUCCUCUCCUCUCCUCUCCUCUCCUCUCCUCUCCUCUCCUCUCCUCUCCUCUCCUCUCCUCUCCUCUCCUCUCCUCUCUGUCCUCUCCUCUCUGUCCUCUCCUCUCCUCUCUGUCUCUCCUCUCCUCUCCUCUCCUCUCCUCUCCUCUCUCUCCUCUCCUCUCCUCUCCUCUCCUCUCCUCUCCUCUCCUCUCCUCUCCUCUCCUCUCCUCUCCUCUCCUCUCCUCUCCUCUCCUCUCCUCUCCUCUCCUCUCCUCUCCUCUCCUCUCCUCUCCUCUCCUGUCCUGUCCUGUCCUGUCCUGUCCUGUCCCUCAGAGCCCUACAGUCCAGCGGUGUGGGUGAUGAUGUUCGUCAUGUGCCUGACCGUGGUGGCUGUGACCGUCUUCAUAUUUGAGUUCUUCAGUCCGGUCGGCUACAACCGCAGUCUUUCCAGCGGAAAGAGUAAGUGACGGAGUUCCAUUAGAAAGAGCCUAUGCUAGGUCCAUGUUUGGUAGCCAUGUUGUUUCCUAGGUGACUGAAUGGAUACACAAUUCCAUACAGUUGUUCUAUAUGUUCAGUGUCUCAUAGAUCACUGAGAAAUGUUGCUUUAAGAAUCAAGUGACUGAACAUUCCAGAGUACCCUCCCUACACAGUAUUUGUCUGAUGUACAUUUCCAUCACUAACAGACAUUUCUAUGCCUUGUUUGUGCUGUUGUUGUUGUUGGUUGGUCAGUCAAUCAAGUAUCACUGCAGAAAAAUAGAUUGGUAUGAAAGUGUGUGUAUCUGUCACGCCCUGACAUAGAGAUCUCUAGUUGGUUUGGUCAGGGUGUGAAAUUCUAGGUGUAGAUCUAUGUUAUCUAUGUCUAUGUUGGCAGGGUGUGGUUCCCAAUCAGAGGCAGCUGUCGAUCGGGCACACGGAGUGGUCGACGAAGCAGCAGGAGGCCGUGAAAAGGCUGACUGUGGAGGAGGAGGAGGCCGCUAUAGUAUAGUAGGUCCAAGACCUGCAGCUCAGCAGUCUGAGAGAGGAGACCACCACAUUGCGGGGGCUGUUAGCUCAGAGGGAGCAGGAGUUCUCCCUUCAGAGGGAGGCGCUACAGGAGGCUCACAGGGAGAAGGAGUCAGUGGAUGCACUGAGAGAGGAGUUGGCCAGGCAACAGGAGGAGCUGAGAGAGGAGUUAACCCUUCAGCAGCAGAGAGCUCAGUACUUAGAGCAGAGGCUGGCGAAGCAAGGUUGCAGAGCAGAGCCAACUCCCCUCACUCGCUUUGAGGAGCGUGUGACCGUGCAGGCACCAGGCUAUGCCCCGGCGUUGCGCACUGUGCCGCCAGGGCGCCGGUGGAGCGGACAGCUCUGGCACUGGAGUGGAGACACUGACCGGAGCUGAACUGGACCCCUGUGGAGCGGACUGCUCUGGCUCUGGACUAGAGCAGCUGACCGGGGCUGGACUAGGCACCGGUGGAGUGGACUGCUCCACUCCAGUGCCAGAGCAGUCCACUCCACCGGUGCCCAUUCCAGCUCCGGUCAACUGCUCCACUCCAGUGCCAGAGCAGUCCGCUCCACCGGUGCCUAGUCUAGCUCCGGUCAGCUGCUCCCCUCCAGUGCCAGAGUAGUCCGCUCCACCGGUGCCCAGUCCAGCUCCGGUUAGCUGCUCCAGUCCAAUGCCAGAGCAGUCUGCUCCACCGGUGCCUAGUCCAGCUCCGGUUAGCUGCUCCAGUCCCAUGCCAGAGCAGUCCGGGUCCGGUCGUCUACUCUCCCACACCAGGGUCCAGACAGGACUUGGUGCAUCGCGGGAGGACUGCAGAGCCGGAACCAGAUGUCGGUCCCUCUCCAGGGUCAAGGGGUCCCACACCAGGGUCCAGACAGGACUUGUUGCAUCAUGGGAGGACUGCCGAGCCGGAACCAGACGUCGGCCCCUCUCCAGGGUCAAGGGCUCCCACACCAGGGUCCAGACAGGGCUUGGUGCAUUGUGGGAGGACGGAGAGGGGAAGCAUCGCGCCGGGGUCCAGACCGGACCAGGUGUGCAACGGGGAGCCAGAAAAGGAGAGGACAGUAAGGUGGACGUCGCGCCCGGAGCUGGAGCCGCCACCGAGGCUAAAUGCCCACCCGGACCCUCCCCUAAUGAGUCAGUUUUGCGGCCGGAGUCCGCACCUUUGGGGGGGGGUACUGUCACGCCCUGAUAUAGAGAUCUCUAGUUGGUUUGGUCAGGGUGUGAAAUUCUAGGUGUAGAUCUAUGUUAUCUAUGUCUAUGUUGGCAGGGUGUGGUUCCCAAUCAGAGGCAGCUGUUGAUCGUUGUCUCUGAUUGGGGAUCAUACUUAGGUAGCCAUUUUGCCUACCUUUAGUUGUGGGAUCUUGUUUCUGUGUGUUUGGCUUGUUUGAUGUAUAGCCUUUAGAACUUCACGUUCAGUUGCUUUGUUAUUUUGUAGAGUGUUUAAUAUUAACAUUAAACAUGUACGCAUACCACGCUGCACCUUGGUCCAAUCAUUUACACAACGAACGUGACAGAAGAUCCCACCACCAACGGACCAAGCAGCGUGAACAGGAAGAGCAGACAACAUGGACAUGGGAGGAUAUUUUGGACGGUAAGGGAUCCUGGACUUGGGAAGAGAUCCAGGCAGGUAUGGAUCGCCUUCCUUGGGAGCAGAGGGAGACAGCGAGAAAGGAUAAACGGCGAAUCCGAAGUGCACAACGACGAAGGAGGCCCGAGAGGCAACCCCAAGAAAAAAUUUGGGGGGGGGCACACGGGUGGUCGACGAAGCAGCAGGAGGCCGUGAAAAGGCUGACUCGAGAGGAGGAGGAGGCCGCUAUAGUAGAGGCCCUCCAAGACCUGCAGCUCAGCAGUCUGAGAGAGGAGACCACCACAUUGCGGGGGCUGUUAGCUCAGAGGGAGCAGGAGUUCUCCCUUCAGAGGGAGGCGCUACAGGAGGCUCACAGGGAGAAGAAGUCAGUGGAUGCACUGAGAGAGGAGUUGGCAAGGCAACAGGAGGAGCUGAGAGAGGAGUUAACCCUUCAGCAGCAGAGAGCUCAGUACUUAGAGCAGAGGCUGGCGAAGCCAGGUUGCAGAGCAGAGCCAACUCCCCGCACUCGCUUUGAGGAGCGUGUGACCGUGCAGGCACCAGGCUAUGCGCCGCCGUUGCGCACUGUGCCGCCAGGGCGCCUUCACAGACCCGUGGUGCGUGUCUCCAGCCCGGUGCGCCCCGUACCUGCUUCUCGCACCAAACCAGUGGUGCGUGUCCCUAGCCCGGUACGGCACGUACCUGCUCCUCGCACCAAACCAGUGGUGCGUGUCUCCAGCCCGGUGCGCCCCGUACCUGCUCCUCGCACCAGACCAGUGGUGCGUGUCCCUAGCCCGGUACGGCCCGUGCCUGCUCCUCGCACCAGACCUGUGGUGUGUGGCCCCAGCCCGGUACGGCCCAGUCCAGGGUCAGAGCAGUCUGCUCCACCGGUGCCUAGUCCAGCUCCGGUCAGCUGCUCCACUCCAGUGCCAGAGCAGUCCGCUCCACCGGUGUCCAUUCCAGCUCCGGUCAAUUGCUCCACUCCAGUGCCAGAGCAGUCCGCUCCACCGGUGCCCAUUCCAGCUCCGAUCAACUGCUCCACUCCAGUGCCAGAGCAGUCCGCUCCACCGGUGCCUAGUCCAGCUCCGGUUAGCUGCUCCAGUCCAAUGCCAGAGCAGUCCGCUCCACCGGUGCCUAGUCCAGCUCCGGUUAGCUGCUCCAGUCCCAUGCCAGAGCAGUCCACUCCACCGGUGCCUAGUCCAGCCCCGGUCAGCUGCUCUAGUCCAGAGCCAGAGCAGUCCGCUCCACCGGGGUCCAGUUCAGCUCCGGUCAGCGUCUCCACUCCAGUGCCAGAGCUGUCCGCUCCACCGGUGCCCAGUCCGGGUCCGGUCGUCUACUCUCCCACACUGUUACGCCCUGACAUAGAGAUCUCUAGUUGGUUUGGUCAGGGUGUGAAAUUCUAGGUGUAGAUCUAUGUUAUCUAUGUCUAUGUUGGCAGGGUGUGGUUCCCAAUCAGAGGCAGCUGUCGAUCGUUGUCUCUGAUUGGGGAUCAUACUUAGGUAGCCAUUUUGCCUACCUUUAGAUGUGGGAUCUUGUUUCUGUGUGUUUGGCUUGUUUGAUGUAUAGCCUUUAGAACUUCACGUUCAGUUGCUUUGUUAUUUUGUAGAGUGUUUAAUAUUAACAUUAAACAUGUACGCAUACCACGCUGCACCUUGGUCCAAUCCUUUACACAACGAACGUGACAGUAUCAGAGCAUGGAAACCAAUACUUUCUCUCAUAUGUUGCAUUGCAGCCCUAUAUUUUUAAUAUUGAAGCAGACAUAUAUUAUUCAGCAGUCUAGUUUGCACCGCUGUCAUAUUCUGUAUGCUUCCCGCCUCUGUCCGAUACCUCCGCGCUCUUUCUCCUUCUCUCUCUUCUCUCUCUUAGGUCUCUCUCUCUCGCUUUCUCUCGCUCUCUUGCUCUCUCUCUCUCUCUCUCUCUAUUUCUCUUUCUCUCUUUUUUCUCUCUCUUUUUUCUUUCUCUCUCUCUCUCCCAUAUUUUACUGCAUGGCUGCUGAGCUGUACAUAUUUUACCUCUCUGUCCUCCUCUCACACAUUCCCUUCAUCUCUCUUGUCUCUCAUCCCUUUCUCCUGUCGUUUAAAAUAAGGGUUCUAGUGUUCGAUCUUGGUGAAGAUUUUACCAUGAGUGGUGAAAUUAAGUGUAUGAUUACAUCUCAGUGUUGAAAGCGGUGGUGUUCAAUAUUUAUUGACAGUGCUUGAGAGGGAAUCCGCAAGGUAUUAUUUACUUAUAUCAAAUCAAAGUUUAUAUGUCACGUGCACCGAAAUGCUUACUUUCAAGCUCUUCAUCAUCAAUGCAGUGUUCCAUAUCAAAGGUAAAGAAAUAGAACAUCCAGAAUAGGAUCAAUACUAGGUCAGAUCAAAUAAAAACACACAAGAAAUAAAACACAAGAAUGUACACUAUAUACAAGGUCAGUACCAAUACCUUAUCAUAAGGCAUAGAUCAAUCAUUCCAGUUUUCUUUUGGAUAUUUAGUUCAUCUUGAGUGGAACAAUAUUGGCCAUAAUGUUGAUUAGAGUGUUAUAUACAGUAAAAUGGGUUGAAUACACUGUUGUUGUUGAGUCCAAAACUACAGCACUGGUUUGUCCACUACUGAGUGUAUUAAAGGGAUACUGUACUUCGGAUUUUGCCAAUGAGGCCCUUUAUCUACUUCCCCAGAUUCAGAUUAACUGGUGGAUACUAUUUCUAUGUCUCGGUGUCCAGUAUGAAGGAAGUUAGAGGGGGUUUCACGAGCCAAUGCUAACUAGCGUUAGCGCAAUGACUGGAAGUCUAUUGGUAUCUGCUAGCAUGCUAGUAUCCCUUUAACACUGCAUGCCUUCAUUUAAAGUUCUAUUGAGAUGACUAUUGACUGAAUGCAGUCAUACCUUUCCAGUGAGGCACUCUCCUCCUCCUUUUCCCUCAUGUCCUCCCUCUCUCUCUCCCUCAUACCCCACCCCACCAAACUCCUUCUCUGCCCCAACCCUGCUCUCCCCCCCACCCCCUCCUCUCCCUCUAUCCUUCUCACCCUCUCUCCAUCCAGAGGCAGGAGGCUCUACGUUCACCAUAGGAAAGUCUGUGUGGCUGCUGUGGGCCAUCGUGUUCAAUAACUCGGUCCCGGUGGAGAACCCCAGAGGAACCACCAGUAAGAUCAUGGUGCUGAUCUGGGCCUUCUUCGCUGUCAUCUUCCUGGCUUCCUACACAGCCAACCUGGCUGCCUUCAUGAUCCAGGAGGAGUACAUAGACACUGUCUCUGGACUCUCAGACAAAAAGGUAAACAUAGAAGAAUGAUGGUGUGGUUUUUUGUAAGGUGGGUAAGGGUUAUAGUUACUUGGCAAAGGGUUCAAUUCUGAUGUACCAAUGCUCAAAAUAUGUUCAGUUUGAUACGAAUUGCACUCGCAAGCACACUUUUCUGUCCAGGCACCCUCCUCUCUCUCUCUCUCUCUCUCUCUCUCUCUCUCUCUCUCUCUCUCUCUCUCUCUCUCUCUCUCUCUCUCUCUCUCUCUCUCUCUCUCUGCUUUCUGCUUUCUGAUGUUCAAUGUUUUGGUUGAAUAUGAUAGCAUGUGCUUUAUGGUCAAUACUUUGUUGUAGUGAUACUGCUCAGUGUUAUGGUGAUUGGACAUGGCUAGAGAUUUUAUUUUAGAUUUCUGGAUUCAUACUGUUUAUGUGGUUUGGUCUCUAUGGUUCUCUGAUGUAAAAAACAUAGGGCCACUGUUUCUUCAUAAAAUAGGGAUGUUUAGCCCAACUCAAACUCUCCUUCCUCAACUCUUUUUCAGUUCCAGCACCCCACAGAGCAGUACCCCCCUCUGAAGUUUGGCACGGUGCCCAACGGGAGUACGGAGAAGAACAUCCGCAGUAACUACCCUGGCAUGCACCAUUACAUGGUCAAAUAUAACCAGAGAGGGGUGGAGGACGCCAUUAACAACCUCAAGACUGGGUCUGUCUUUCUUUCUGUCCCCUCUGGAAUCUGAACUACUGUAUGUCUAUGGGAGGAUGAUCCCCUCAUUCUCACUCUUUUCCCUAAACUUCACUCUCACAAUAUCAACCUCUCACCCUAAAGCUUCCUCUAUGACCCCUCUCUCCUUAUCCUAAUGUCUGGUUACACAUUUCUAUCAUCUUUUUUAACCCUUACUCUCUCACUCUCUCUCUAUCUCUUCUCUCUCUCUCUUCUCUCUCUCUCUCUCUCUCUCUCUCUCUCUCUUUCUCUCUCUCUCUAUCUCUGUCUCUCUCUUUUUCUCCCCCCUCUCUCUCGCUCUCACUCUCUCGCUUUCUCUCUUUCUCUCUCUGUCCCACUCUGUAUUACAGAAAGAGAAAUACUCCCCCCCCCCGCUAAGCGCCAGCGGAGCCAAAGAGGAAGGCCACGGGCAAGCUACCCGCGAGCACCGGAGCGCGCGCAGAGAGCCGAGAGCACGGGCAGAGCAACGCGCAGCGCAGCGAAGCGCGCGACAGGCGCCGCGCUAAAGCGCCCCGACGACAAGCGCAAAUAGCGCCCACGCGACGGCGAGCGCCAGGGCUCCACGCUCACAAGGUCCGCCUUACGCUAUCAAUCUUCUCGCAUAUCAAUCUCUUCUCAGCUACUCCUAGAUCUCUUCUUCUCUCCAUCCUCUCCUACUACCCUCUCUAUAUCAUCUCCUCUCCUCUCUCCAUCUUCCCCUCUACCCUCUCCUCUCAUUCUCUCUGCAUCCCUCUCCUCUUUUCCCCUAUCCUCUCUUCCUCUCUUGUUAAAUCUGCAUCAUAUGUCUGGUGGGUUGGAUCAUCCUUACAGUUUACUGUCACUAAGCCCCUGUCAUCAUCUCUCCCCCUAUUGCCCCGCCACCCCAUUUAUAGUACACUGUUCAUGUGCUGGGAAUGAGAUGCUCUCUGUUGCUCCCUCUGUCUUCCUCUCUCACCCCUCUUCUCUCUCUCUCUUUCGCUCCACCUCAGCCUCUCUCUAUAUCUCUCCAUCAUUUUUUCCUUUCCUUUCUUUAAUAUAUGCCCCCCCCCCCUCUCUCUCUCUCUCUCUCUCUCUCUCUCUCUGGUUAUUUCCUCCCCUGUGUGUUCUCUCGGUGUGUCUGUGCUUAAACGUUAUAAUCCUCAUCACGCUCUAUCUCUCUCCCCCAUGUGUCUUUUCCCCCUGAAGUGUGUAAAUCUUCUUUCCCUCUCUCUCUCUCUCCUCCCAUCUCUUUUCUCACAGUACUAUAUAAAUCCUUCUCUCUCCACCUUCCAUCCCCUCUCUCUUUCACUCUCUUCACUUUUCACUCUCUUUGGCACUUUCUCCCUUUCUCUCUCCUCCCCCUCUCUCGUCCUAACUUCAGAUCUCUCUCACUCUCUCAACUCUUGCCUUUCUCUUUCUCUACCCCUAUCCCUCUGUUCUAUUAACUCUUUCACUCCCUCGCUCUCUCUACAGGAAGUUGGAUGCCUUUAUCUACGAUGCGGCUGUGUUGAACUACAUGGCCAGGAAAGACGAGGGUUGUAAGGUGAUGACCAGACAAGUUUGACUUUAUUUCUUCUAUUUAUUUACUUCUUUAUAGUUUAUUAUUGUCAGCUAGAUAGCGGAUUGCUGUCACUUUGUGAACAUUGCGUUUGUGUAAAUAGCAAUACAAAAAUGUGAUGUAUUGCUUGGUUGAUUGGUUGAGUGAGGGAGUGAGUAAGUGAUUGAGUGAGUGAUUAGUUGCUUGCUUGAUUGAUUGAUUGAAUUGAUGUUUGCUUGUCAAAGGUGAUGACCAUAGGCUCUGGGAAGGUAUUUGCCACCACAGGCUACGGUAUCGCCCUGCACAAGAACUCCCGCUGGAAACGCCCCCUCGACCUGGCCCUGCUGCAGCUGGUGGGAGACGGUGAGGACAGGGGAGGAGGGGAGGAGGAAGGAGGGAGGGAGACAGUGAGGACAGGGGAGGAGGGGAGGAGGAAGGAGGGAGGGAGACGGUGA